AUGACUCUCCAAUGUAGAUCCGGUGUAAAACCCACCGGUGGCGUUAUUGUCUGCCAGAAAAACAGUUGCGUAAAAGUCGAUAAUGUCCUUUCAUUAUGCAAAUUUACGGCUAUUCCAUUACAUCCUUUUUGUUUCGCAAAAAACAUGAUAUGUCCAAACCGAAAGUCAAAGGAGUACACCUUUUCGGACUUAGGAUAUCAAGACCGUUACGAUAUCAUUAAGACGCGAUAUCCUAACGGGAUGACUUGUUCGAGAAGCGUCCUUCAGAUCAUUUCAAGUCAAUCAACUCAAUCAACGCUCUCCAUUACUUUAUCGACGCUCUCCAUUACUUUAGUGAGCAUCAUCAACAACAUCAUGCCAAUGCGUCCUAGAUGGUGGGAAAACCCCACCCCUGAAGAGCUCGCCUGGUUCAACAGCCUAUCACCCCGCUCAAAAUCGGAAAUCUUUCAUUGGACCCUCAACGAAAGAUCCCAUCCAGGCAUUCAUGCCGGAUUGGACCAAUGCUUUCGCUGCGGCGAGCUCGGCCACAGUCGCAUCACCACUGGAUGCAUCAGCACUAAUCCAUUCCCUCAUCAACCCGAUUUCAACGAUUGGCGUCGAGCGAGCAAUGGGAAGAUGUACACCGUGGCCAUGUUACGCAUGACCGACGAAGCUCUCGCCGCUGAAGCUGCUCUUGCCCUGCUCUUGCCGCUGAAGCUGCUCUUGCCGCUGAAUUCGAAGAAGGAUUACACAGCGAUCGAAGCUCCAAUCACAUUGUCUUCGGAAGAGCUCGAUCUCCUCGACUCCAUCGAGGCGGCAGCCUCUAUGGCGAGUCAAGCAGUCACGGUAGCCACCGAGGCUACUGAACACGGGAGCAUCGUCAGUCGUGAAGGUUCGACCACAAUUCAUGAAGGCCCCCAAGACGGUCAAGAUCUCUCCCGAUCUUUUACCGUGGAUGGGCCGUCCGCGGAGGCCAGUCAAGAGUCCAGUGUGGCUGGUAAUAGUAUUGCUGGGAAUGGAUGGGCUCAAGUGGUGCAAGACGUGUCUCGUCACGUUUGUCGACAACCGAAAGCACAUUUCAAUCUUAUUCAUCAAUACUUCCCCAAGGCGACCGAGUUUCGAGUCAACAUUGUAUGUAUGCUCUUCUUAGACAUUCUCCCGGCCUGGUUGAAAAAUUUGACCACAGACAAAGGAAGAGAAAGUGGGGAUUCGUACCGUUUCUACUUGUUCACCGGAUACUUUACGCUGUCACUCCGAAAUCGAAGAAUUCGGCCGCCAAUGCAGACAAGAUCAAGAAAAUCUAGCCCCAAAGGCGACCAUUCUCAGAAGCCUUCCCCUUCUAUAAAAUCUGAGCCUGUAUCUCCAAAGCCUGAGGCCAGUCUUUCCACAUCUCGAAAACGCCCAUCCACCAGCCAUCAAACUGGGAUAGAUGUACCCAAAGCAAAUCGACCACGUUUAUCUUCACCGUCUUCGAAAAUGCAAGCGCAACUGGAUCAUCUUCAAACUAAGGUUGAUGAUCUCAUAGAUGAUGUAGAAGAAUGUAUUGACCAAGCAGAAGAGUUUGAAUUAGCUCGAUCCGUUCUCGAAAGCAAACUUGCCGAGGAUAAGGAGAGUCCAUCCAACAUAUCUGCCCGAAAGAUUACACGGGAGGUUCGUAAGGAGCUCGGCCCCCACAUUGACCGUGUAAAUGAAGAACUCACGACUCUCAAGGUUGAUCAAGCCAAGAUGCUUGAUCUUGAGCGUCAGGUAAAGGAGCUCCAGGAACAAGUUCAAAGACUUGACAGUCGAUUCACACACGAACACUCACCGCCAGAGUUGUCUACAAAACAAAUGGACGAACUACGCAAGUAUAUUGAAGCGAAAUUAAUGCCAUCGAUGAAAGAUACAAACCCGACCCCUAAGCAGCCUACCACGCGCUACAUGGACGAUGCUGAUGCUACCGAAAUCAAAGCUGCCCUUAUAAAACUUCAACACACGUUUGAUGAUAUGCUCGAGCAUACCUUGCGAUCGGAGGGGGGACAACAAGUCGUGGAAGAAUGA